AUGCAUCAUCCACUUUCCCUUCGUUUCCUAGCCAACAUCACCAUCACCAUUCUCCUCACCUCCAACCUCGUCUCCGCCUUCCAUGUUCGAGAUCUCCUUCACACUUUGCGAUCGCUAAAAGACGCGCCAGCCGCAAGCAUUGCUCUCAAUGCUCGCAACUCGAGCUUCGUCGCUCCCGCUACAAUUUCUAACGGCACUGCUGGCUCUUCCCAUCCUGACUCGACGACGGGAAAAGAAGGCGGACUUGGCCUCAGCGGUCUGUUGCAUCACAUUCUCGGCAGAGACGACAAGCUCAACACCAGCACCAGUUUCAAGGUUCGCACUCUGAACAUCACCACCCUUGCUCCAGUCGGUUCCAACGACACCACUCCCGCCGGCUCCUCCCAUCCAGAUGCGGCAUCAGAGCGAGGCCACGGACUGGGACUGAGCGGUCUUUUCCAUAAAAUCUUCCACCGCCAUGAUACGCCCAUCACCAUUCCCACCCUCAAUCUCCGCGCCGCAAAUGGGACCGUAACUCCCCCCGGAGUCUCCAACGGAACCACUCCCUCCGGUUCCUCCCAUCCAAAUGCCGCGCCACAGGGAGGUCACGGACUGGGACUGAGCGGUCUUUUCCACAAGAUCUUCAGUCGCCAAAGCCCGACCAUUACUACUGCACAUUUCAACGCACGCAAUUUGAACGGCACUGUCCUUCCCCCUGCAAUCCGCCCCAACGGUACCACUCCCACCGGGUCCUCCCAUCCAGACUCAGCCACAGAAAAGGGACAAGGGCUUGGACUCAGUGGUUUCCUGAACAAGAUCUUGGGUCGCUCCAAUUCUGCGCCCCUGCCUGUCAAGCCUAUUGCCCCUGAGGAUGUUGAUGAGGUCGAUGGCGACGUUGGUAUGCUUAUGAGCCUCAACCGUCGUGUCAAGAGAGACGGAGAGGCAAAGUUGAGCCGUGAGGAGAGGAGGAAGAAUCGGGAGAAGAGGCGUGUGAGAAGGGCCAUGUCUGCGGCGGCUAAGGCUGAGAAGGCAGAGAGGAACGCUGCUCGCUCCAGAGUAUUUCGGGGCUGA